CUUGAUAGCAACAUUAAUUAAAAGAUUACCUACAUAAGAACAUUAUAAUCAAGUAAAUAGGACAAAUACCAGGAAGAGGAUUCAUCCCAAGAAGAACUGAAGACAGCAACUGUAAACGAAGAAGGCCCUAAAGGAAUAGUGAUCAAGAUGUUGAUAACCAUGCUAACAGCUAUGUAUAUGGUGGUCAAAGUGGUAGAAACGAUAGGGGCGCGGUUUGCACGGGAACAGGAACCUUUGCCUUAUGUGGUGUCUCAGCCUUUGCCUUGGCAGGUUCACUCAGUGUCUCUCAGCCGGAGGAGCAGCAAAGCAGAUGAGUAUGAUGGCCUCAGGAGAAACAGCAUAGGCGUGUAUAGAAAGAAGUUUCUCUACAUGGCUAUUUCCUCUACCUCCCUGGCUAUUCCCUGUAUCCUGUCGUGUUCAGACUCCAAUGCCAGUAACGGGACAUGCGCAGUGCCUGCUGUUCCUCCGCUCAGCCCUGUUGAAGUUGAGAAGGCCGCCUCUACCAUCCAGAACCAUUUCAGGAAAUUCCAGCAGAAGAAACACAAGAACGGCAAAUAGAUGGACAGACCAGGAGAGUCUUACUACUCCAGCAAGUCUGAGAGACAAUAGCAAGCAAGCUGUGAUUUCAUGUGAUUUCAUCAAAGGCUAGAUGAACGCUGUGAUGUCACUAUUACAUUCAUAUGAACACUUAUAUUCAAAUAUACAUACAUUUAAACUUAGUAGAGGUCCCAAGAUUAGUAAUCCAGAUUAACAUACAGCAGCCUACAUCUCACACAACGCUUAUGAAACCAUAUUUAAAUUUCUAUGUGAACAAUAAAUGUGAAUAUUCAGUAAAUCUGAAUGAACAGAUUUGCUGUGCUGUGAUGACAGAGUGAUUUUAAGAGUGCGUGAGUGAGUUGUUAUUCUGUAAUUUAUAUAUGACUGUUGUUUCCUGUAUAUAAAUGUGUGGAAAAACACUGAUGUCCCUUAAGAACC